AUGAGAUUAAUAAUUCAAAGAUGUCUCAGUGGUUCUGUGUCUGUUGGAGAUUAAUUGGUAUCUCAAAUUGGAAAAGGCUUAGUCGUCCUUCUAGGAGUAUUGAUGCUAUUAUAUGACUUCAGAUUCAUGAGAGAGACACAAAGGAGGUGGCUAAGAAGUUGGCUCACAAAUUAUCCAAAAUACGAUUGUGGGAGAAAGAGAAUAAAGCCUGGAAUGGAUCAUGUGUCGAUUUCAAUUACGAAAUACUAAUAGUCUCCUAAUUCACUUUAUACGCAUAUAUGAAAGGCAAUAAACCCGAUUUCCACUACGCAAUGGACGCAGAGAAGGCAAGAGUAUUGCAAUGAUUAUUAACGCAAAGGAAUUAUAUGAGUAUUUCGUUGAUGAGUGUGGGAAGGCCUACAAACCGGAGAAAAUAAAGAAGGGCGCAUUUUAAUAAUAUAUGGCUGUGAACAUAGUGAAUGAUGGGCCAGUCACAAUUGAGAUAGAUGAGAUGGAAGUGGAGAAACAGUAGAAACAAUAGAAAUAAUAAAUAUAAUAAUAAUAACAAUAACCAUAAGAAGAGGAAGACAAUAAGAUUCAAAAGAUUAAUUGA